CGCACUCAGUGAGCUUCGCACAUUCCCACAAGCGCAGAAGAAGCGCUUUGGAGGAAUUGGAUGGAGCCGCCGCGUCUUCUCUCCGGCUCACAGGGAGAGAAACGCGCUUUUCUCGCUGGUGUACAGUUCUCAACCGAUUUUUCUUAAAACACAGCAUCCUUUUUUAACCUUUUAUUUCCCCUCUUUUCAACGGGAAACCAAGUUUUCGGACGGGAAAACGCGGGGUAACGGAGAGUUUUACGCAUUGAGGGGAACCAGGAACGAGCGUCUUUUUUGUUCUUCAGGCGAAUACAGGAUAUUUCUCCGCUGGGGGAUUACAAGCUGUGCAUUGCGACUUUAAAUAGGCGGGAUGCGUUAAAGGAUUUCCCCCUCUAUCGUAAUUAGGAGGCUGUUUCACCGGCUCCUUUGUCCCGAGCGCACAGACUCUCCGAAUGGCGUAAAACGGGCUCCGCGCAAAAAGAAAAGGAUCCCGGUUUUUUUCAUUUGACCCAGACAAACUGUACCGAUGCCAACGCAGCGUCUCCACCGGAGACCUUGGAUGUAGUAAAGAACUGAGCUGCUGCAUGUCUCCUGUCAUCCUCAUUCCCCCCCGGCAUGGCGUUUUACUGGAAGUAGUCUUCAAAGUAGGAGGAUGGCUUUUUACUCCCCCCCAGGUUACAGCCUGAUCCCCCUCCAUGCCUGAUGGCACAGUGACAGUGAGACGCUUUUGUGAAGGUUAAGUAUGACUGCAGCAGCCGGUGUGCUAACAGGCUUGGCCAAGCUAAAACGCCAGGACUCUGCCCGCUCUCAGCUUCGACCCGGACAGCCUACAUCACCCGGCGUGGGAAACCCCGUCCCAGAGGCUGCUCCCAGAAAAAGAAAACGACGCACUGAUGUUGUGGUGGUACGCGGCAGGCUCCGCCUCUACUCCGCCUCUGGGUUUUUCCUCCUCCUGGGACUGGUCGUCUUAGCCAUAGGGAUCUGCAUGGCGACGCUGGGUUACUGGCCGCACAGGGAAACCACGCCCUCGGCCAAAUCAGCGACUGGAGGAGAAUCAGAGACAGCAGCAGCUGGAGGAGACAAGUCAUCUUCCACAGGUGAAGGAGAUGGAGCCAAGAUGUCCGUCACAGAGAGGGGUACACCCUCCAAGCAGACAGGGGGGGCUCUGACGAGGUUCCUGGAACAGCAUCUUCACUCUGAGCGGAUGAAGAUGUUCGGCCCUUUCACCAUGGGCAUCGGAAUUUUUAUCUUUAUUUGUGCUAAUGCCAUUCUUCAUGAAAACAGAGACAGAGAAACAAAGAUAAUCCAUAUGAGAGACAUGUACUCCACAGUUAUCGACAUCCAUCGCCUCAGGCAGAGGGAGCAAAAACAACAACACCGCAACAGCACCUAUGCAAGAGAAGGCUUCGGAGUUGAUAACGCAGCUCGACGGGCCAGCAACUCCCUCCUGGCGUUCUCCCCUCGCGCAGGAGGUGGAGGAGGCUCUACAGAGGAGGAGGUGCUGUUGGGUGAUGAGUUUCACAGACAGAGAGAGCAGGCUAAGUUGGAUUGUAGCUUUGCGGGGCUGCUGGCGCCACUCUACAAAGAUCGGCCCAUCUGUGGGCCCGGGCUGGGGUUGGGUCACUCAGAUUCCAUGCACCAUCAGUGGUCAGUGGACGGAGACGGGGAGAAGGGAGGACACCAUGCUCGCUCUAUCGUCUCCUCCUCCAUCUCUGCCUUUACUCUCCCUGUUAUAAAACUCAACAACUGCGUUAUUGAUGAGCCAGAGAUGGAGGUGAUCACUGAGGAGGACAGGGGAGGAGAGAGGAGAGACAGGGAGAGGGCGGCGCCCCUGAGCUCCAUGGAGUCUCUGGUAGUUCCCAUAGCAUCGGUUGCCAAAGCCUCCAAACCGCCGAGUUUACACCGAAGUAAGUCUGCCUCCUCCUCAUCCCACUGCUCCUCUAUGUCCUCGUCCUCCCUCUCCCCUACUCCCUCCUCUACCUCAGGCUGCUGGCUCUCCCCGGGAGCAGCCAGGAGUGACUUUGGCUCCAACAACUCUCUGCACAUGCUCAGCAGCCACUCCAAAUCUCUGGACCUGGAGCGCGGGCCAUGCAUGCUCAGCGUGCACCCGGAGCAGCACAAGCACCCCAGCUGGCCCCGCCUCGACCGUAGCAACAGCAGCCGCAGUAUCAGCGGCAACCGGGGCAGCAGUAAAGGUUACAUGCGGCUGGAGGACAGGGAGGAGCAAGGGGAGCGGCUGCUGGACGCGUCAUCGGCCGCGACAGCGAGGCGCGACUACAGUAAGCGCGAGAAGCUGCUAAUGAUAUCGAGGUCGCAUAACAAUCUGAGCUUUGAACACGAGGAGUUUAACAGCAACACACUGAAGAGGGGCAGCUCUGAGACCCGAUUCUGAACUGAAGGUUGAGGACAGUUCUGUCCUGUUCUGUAAAUUGCUCUCCAGACAGUGCGAGUGUUUGUUUGAGGCCGGACUGACCAGUGUAACAGCUGCACCCUGGAGGGAGGAAACUCAAACGUGGGUUCACAACACUUUUUCUGAGCAGCAGGCUGAGGAGCUGUGAGUAAUGGACCAUUUUGCUCAGUGAAAGGAUCAGGCCUCAUGUCCGCCAGACUCUGACCUGGUCCUGAGGUGCUGUUCUGUAGCCGUCCCCGACCUGUGACCUUUGUGGAAUAUCUCCCUUUAGGGAUUAAUAUAAAUACAUCACGUUACACCAUCAGUCUGCUUUAUAUAAGAAUAGUUUUAAGAAAGUUUGAACAGGAUCUCAGCAGUGAGACAAAGCUUUAGGAUCAAUACCGCUUCAGCAUAACAGACUUUGAAAAUUGCUUUUCUUCACGUGUGACAGACUUUAACUCCAGUGGGGGAAUCAAGGACAUGAUGGAAAUGUGUGAGCAAUUUAUCUCAGUGAAAUACACUCAAAUAUUUUUAUAACACAGUCAACGCCCAAUAACCAGCAAAAGAGAAGAAGCUCUGAGACAAUAAAAAUAAUAAUAAGGAUUUGUACCACAGCAUCUUUGAAAACAAUUUACAAAGAGCUUAAUAGGGUUGUAUACAAAGACUAAAGCUGAUAAUAGUAUUUUCAACUAAUCUACAACCAUCUGACAACUAAAUUAGACCAAGUGAUAACUUACUGCCUGGUGCAAACCUGAGAAAGAACAUGUAUCAAGUGACAAGGUUCCUCAAGAUAUAGAUAUUAGUGGUGAGGAAUAUGUUUUCCUGGUGGUUCCUGUAUGUUUGUGUUUGUCUGAUGAUUGUAGUAGAUGUAGAAACUGGGCCACACAAACAGCGAAUUCAGACAAAUACAGCACAGAUACAGGAGUCAAAGCUGCUAAGCUGCAAAAUACAAUAACAGAGUCCAUGUUAGCCUGAGGUUACAAUGACGCUGCCCCUGUCUCUAGAAAUAUAGUGUGAAAGGUUUUGUAUGUCCACUACUGAAAACUAUCUUGAUUGACUUCACUCAGGAUAUGCAGUCUGUUAUUUAUAUAUUGAUCAUCUUGGUCUAUUCAUGAACCCAUAUUCAGUAUCAGGGAAAACCCUUCUAUUUGAAAACUUGUGGUAUGAGUAUGAGUAUGAGAUGUUUUCUUUUGAACCCAUUCGCUCAAGCUCAAAAUGAUGUGUAGAACUUGCUCAAUUCGAAUUACCGGUCAUAAGAGAAACUAUUUAGUUUAUUAAACAAAAAGUAAUAUUUGUCUCUAUAAUAAUUGAGAGAUCUGAACUUUGUCACCGCUGAAUUAUUUUGGCUCUGCACAAUUGACCGAGUCAAAUAUCAGAAUAAACUAGAGAUGUUCCAAUUCCCUUUUUCCCUUCCCGAUACUGAUUCCGAUACCUGCACAUUGAUAUUGGUAACCAAUUGCUAUCAUUGUUGUACAGCCUAUUGCUAUUGUUGUAACUGGCAUCACUUGUGCCACCCCUCAAAACUGUUUUAGUUGUGGAAUAUUGCCAAAUCGCCAAAUAUUAGCUUGCUCUGGCUAAUGCUACACAACUAAGAAAAUCACUUCUAUGCCAUUCUACUAGCCAGUGGCAGUGCAGCACAACUGCUUUGGAGCAACGAAGAAGAAGUGAUUUCCAGGAAAAGAAAAUUGAAGUUUUAUCUGUGUGAAACUUGAAAACAUGGUAUCGGACUGGAGGCUCUAUUGGAGGCAUGUCGGAUUAUGGGUAUUAUCAGUGUUAUCAGUAUUGGAACAUCUCUAGUAUAAUAUCAGCUAUGCCGCUAUUAUAUUACAUCUGUCACAGAUGACAUUUUACGACAUAUCUUGUGGGGUUUAUUCAAUACUCGCAAAAUAAAGAAGGUCCCAUGAUUGAGUUCUGGAAUACAGCUUCUGACUCAUCAUAUUUUGACAUUAAAAAGGUUUAUUUUUAUCGCAGCCACUACACUCGCCUUUAUUUAUGAGCCAAUACAUGUUGGUCAAUAGCUGUGUUUCAGGUACUGUUUGGUUUGUCAGCUAUUCUACCUUAUAAAUUUAUAAAUUCUACCUUAUUGAAGUUCAAAACGUCUCUAACUGUUCUCUCCGCUAAUUUUAAUUCAAUUCACACGAGGAAGAUCACAUCUUGUUGUUUUGAAAACUAUCCUGAUGUGUGUGGAGAAAGACAGAGCAACUUUCCAGAAUCUAACCACAGAGCUUCAUUAACUGGUUCCCUGCAGUUUAUGGGUCAAUGUCCAAUUUUAUCCUUUCUCAAAAUAAACUGUAUUUUCACUGAAA